CGAAUAGCUGCAGAGUGGGGAUGACACGGAGAUGAGGGGAAGGUGAUAGUGACCGCCGCGCUGUCUCGUGUCGCCUAAGAGAACUUGUUCCCUGUUUUUGGCUGUAAAUACCUGCUUGUAUCAUCCCUUAUUUGAGUCCAAUCCUCAUAGAUAUAUCAGCCCUCUAGUGCUCAACCCAUCAACCCACUCUCUUCAAAAAAAUAUUCGUAAAUCUUGAGGUUUUCCAACUAUAACAUUACAACUGAAUCAUUGGUCAAUAGAGUCAGCUGAUCCUUGGAACACAGGGAACACAGUUAAACUGCCAAUACCAGGAGCAGAAAAAAAAACAAAGUUAUAAUUAAAGAGAGUUCGUUAAAGUUUAGUUGUACGUGGUAUUGAGGAAAACUACUAAUUCAGCAUAAAUGUAAAAGCAAUAAUAAACUGAGAGCCCUUCAACGAUGCAAUGGAGGCAAGGCCCUGCGACCCCUACGAGCAGCAACUCUUCAGUGUUUUUGAGUCCUGCCUCGAACCAGGCCACUCCCACCUCUCCCCAUCCGCUCUCCGAUCCCUCUGUGACAAGCUCCAACUGGAAGAACGUGGUGAGGAUUUGAUUUCCUCCUUACUCUCCACACAUCCCAUAAAAAACCCCAAGAUCUCCUUCACAGAUUUCAAAAACGGACUAGUCACAUUUCUUGGUAACACCGAAUCCCCCGAGUUCGAAGGCCAAACCAUCACUUCUCCUCUGAAGGAGUCCCCUCCGAGCUCCCCGAGGAAGCAUGGACACUGGUCAAACUCAUUAGAAUCACAACGUCUCCGCCAAUUCUGUUACAAAUUCAACGGCAAUAUGAACGGAACUCCAAAUCCAGAGAGUCCAGAUCCGGAGACUCCAUUGCUCUCAAAACACCUCCUGGAGAGUCUUUUCGAGAAACUAGACAUGGACUGCGACGGUCUCAUAAAUUUCUCAGACUUCACAAUGCUCUUCCAGAACAGUCGCAACAUUCAGGACACCAUUACCACAGACUUUACUAGACUCCAUUUGGAUAACUCCAAUCAUGAGAAGAACCUUAGCUGCGUACUGGGUCCUGAUCAGACAGGCUUCCUCCAUAAAUCAAGUGUUAUAAACCUAUGGGAACUUGCAGGGGUUGCAGAUGCCAAGAACCUCCUCUCUGAUCUCGGUUUCUCUUCCUCAGAAGUCAGCCUGACAGAGCUGACGUCAGUACUCAAUGAUGAGAUUAAGAGUCUUCAACAUGAUUCCAUACCACCGACUACCAGAACCCACGUCAAUCUGCUCAAAGGUGCCUUAGUAAUUUACCAAGAAGAAGUUCGAUCCUUAAAUACAAUCGGCGAUCAACUACGGGGAGAACGUGAUAAGCUACGAAUGGAUGUCGCAGAGGCAAACGAGCGAGCCAGUCUGCUAGCCCAAGAGAUAGAUGAGAGUCAUAUCAAGCUCGAAAAAUCGCGAAACGAACAGAUUAAACAACUGGAGUUGAAGCAUACAGAAUUAAUGAGAGAAAUAACCCAUCAAAACAGUACCGAACGAGAAGCUCAAUCCCUCACUAUUAAAUCCCUCAACCAGCAGCUUCAAAAUCUUCAACAGGAGGAGCAGAAUAUCAGGUCAGAGCUGGCAAGUGUUUUAAAGGAAAAUCUCUCAUUAGAGCUCGAGAAUCAGAGGCACCUGGAGCAAAUAUCUAAGCUGAAACACUCCAAUAAUCAACUGCUUCUGAAGGUACAGAUCCUAGCAGCUGAGCAUGACGAAGCCGUUGAAAACGACGAACGUGAAAACGAACAGGUGAUUUCUCUCGUUGAGAGAAUAAAGACCCUGCAGGCAGAGUCCGCCCUUCUCCGAGACCAGAACGACGAAUUGACUUCAGAACUAGAAGUUCUCAAGAAUCGAAACGUUGAAAUGAAAAACAGAACUUUGGGAUUUUCCAAACUAGAUUUCUCUGAUAGCUCGGAAGGACCCAACUCAGUUUGCGACUCCGAGCCUCUAGCCGAUCAGGCCCCAGAGCUCAAAGAGGAGAGACAAUUGGAUUCUGUGGACUCACAAGUGUCCAACGUCACUUGGCUACAGACUGACGAGGCGAAUAGAUUAAUCAGAGAUUUGAAAACAAUUCUCGAUGAUUCCAGUGUUCAGCCGGAGAUAACCCUUUCCAGACAUAAUGAGAAGAUUCCAGAACUCUUCAGUAACUUGGAGAGCCUCUUGGAGGGAUUGCUAAGGACCGCAGACAGUAUUAAACGAGAUAAAAAUGAUUCUAAAGAGAAUGAAUGUGAAGAACGAACUAGUGAAUCACUUCGAGAUCUUGUAAUCAACAAAACCGAGACGUCCAAACUUGUCAAGAGGAUAUCAACCAGUGAUGGAAUGAUCAAUAUCGAUAGGAACUUCAAUAACUUGGAGACGAAGAGUGGAAAGCACAAAAGUCUGAGGGACUAUCCACCCAGGACAGACGAAAGUUCUCACUCUUCUUUGGAGGGAAAACUUGAUAAAGAGAAUCUAGCCAAAGCCCCAGUGGAGUCUGCUGAAGGGGAAGACCUAGUUGACGGGAAUAACGUGGAGGCAAUCAGGCAAGACAGAGAUCGAUUGACCUCUCUGUUGAAGGAACAGGAGAUGCGACACAGUAAUGAGAAACGAAUCCUUCAAGAUCAGUUGUCAGAGUUGGAAAAGUCACUGGACUCCCUGAGAACUGAGUACUACCAGUGUGAGGACUACUGGGCUGGUAAACUUGAGGAGGAACGACAAUUAAUAGAACAAGAACAGAAAAUAAGUGAUGAUAAAUUGGCUGAGCUGAUAGCAAAGAUAGCAGAAUAUGAGGAGCAGUUCAGUAUGGGAGAUAAAUCGAGGAAUGAUGGACGAUUAUCUCCAAUUGAUGAAAAGUUCAACCUCGAACAGCAGUACAUGGACCUUCAGGAGGAACUUGACGAGGUAAAAAUUAAGAAUGAAGAGGUCUUAGCCCAGAAAGACAGGGAAAUAAUAGAGCUUGAAGAAAAAGUGGCUAAGAGAGAGGUAGAGAGGACCGACAUGGCUGUUCAGACUGUGGAGCAUAGAUCGGUGAGAAGGUCUGCCAGUCUCCCCAGUGGUUAUCCUCAUGUUCCUGGUGACAAUAGUGGAAUUGGUGCUUCUAUGAAGCCUUAUCAUAAUAGUCAAAAGUCCUUCGAACCGGGCAAGUUGAAUCAAAUAGCUGAGCAUUCAAUUUCUUCUAAUGAGCUUCUCUUCGGGCCCAGCAGAAUUAACUUCGGAUGUUACUGCCAGCAUGCUGAAAAUUACUCGGGAAUUGGAGGAGAGAUUCGGAGGCUGCUCCAGAGAAAGGCCGAGGUAGAGAGUGAGUGCAAUUCUCUGAUAAAACAGAAGGAACUUUUGUUCAAGGAAAUCAUUGAAAUGCAAAGCCUCAAAGGGGGACAGUUCUGUUCCGCUGAUGUAAUUAUGAAGGACUUGAUUUCGAAACUACAGGCUCAGGAGCAAAAGAUCAAGUCUCUUCAGGAGGCCAUCAAGAAGCAGAGGAUCUGUACUGAGAAACUUAUGGAGAAAGUGUGGAAGCAACAUAAGAGUGAAGUGGACAGUCUGCAAAUGAUUGUUAAAAAUACUCAGGAAUCAUUGCAUAAUCAGAUUCAGGUUAAUUCGGGAAAUGUUGAGAGACUCGGAAAGAUUGAUAUGGUGAUGAAGGAUCUGUGGGUUGAGAAUGCCUUUUUGAAAAAGAAAGUGGAGAAGGAGCUGGGACAUUGCGAGCAUCGUCAUGUUGUCAGCAACUGUAGUACUGAAUCCACGUCGGUAUGACCAUUUAUGAAUUUCAAGGGUAAAUUUAAUUUCAUGUGCAGCAAGUGGCUCAGGGAGUAUCGCUUAUUGAAAUGUCGAUUGAGAUAUAUUUUUGUAAACAGCCUGAGGAGAUUAUUCUUUGAUGAUUAUUGAUUUGAGGCGAUUGAUUUUUUUCAGUUUCUCGAGUUCAGAGUUGGGGUAGGCUAAGUGUUGGGAUUUGAGAAGAACUAUUCUCAGACUUCUAUUAUUGUUAUGAGGGUGAGGGGAUUAUCGGUGCUGAUAAAGUUGCGUUUGGAGAAGAAAAUGGGUGGAAAAAGAUGAGACGAGACAAAUGAAUAAUGGAAAUUGUUUUGGGAA